UUACGUAAUACGUAUUCGAUAUUAUAAUUUAUAAAUUCAUCAUUUUUAUUUAUAAUAAUUAAUAAAUAUUGGAUGGUUCAGUAUUUGGUAUUUCGAUGUUCCGUCAUUUUAAUUAAUUGAUACUCAAGAUUUCAAAGUUACAAAUUAAUAUUAUUUGAUUAUUAGUUAUUCAAUCUGGGGAACAGGAUCCUGAAUUUUUUUGAGGAUAAUAAUUUUAGAACUGCUAUUGAAUGUUCUUAAAAAAAAAACGCUUUCUCGUGAAAAAAUAUUAAAUAGAACAAUAGAUUUAAGAUCUCGAAAUUAUGUCGAAGCGAGUAACAAAUGAUCGCCCUGAUUAUUCAGAUCCUACUGAUGAUAGUGAUGGUAGUGAUUUUGAUGAGGUGAAGAAAAAAACUAUAAUGGUUGGUAGCGAUUAUCAAGCUCAAAUUCCAGAUGGAUUGUCCAAGUAUGGAGAUGAUCCACCAUAUCAAAAUGUUGACAAACUCCUCUGGGAUCCAUAUAAUUCAACUGAUGCAGUUAUUGCUGACUAUCUUCAUCAUAUUUAUCAGAUUUCCCACGGUAUAAGUAUAUUACCAAAAGGUAAGCAUGUACGAGAUGAUGAAAAUGCUUUAUUUUUACUUUUGCAAUGUGGGUUUAAUACUGAAGAAGCAAUACGUCGAGUUUCAUUAAAUGAUCAAAUGUUUGGUCGGAGAGCAAUGAUGGUGUGGUCAGAAGAAGAAUGCAAAAAUUUUGAAAAUGGUAUUCGUUGCUUUAAUAAAAACUUCUAUCUGAUUCAACAGCACAGAGUGACUACAAGAACAGUUGGUGAACUUGUUCAUUUUUAUUAYUUAUGGAAAAAAACAGAAAGGCAUGAUGUAUUUGCUAGUAAAGAGCGACUGGAAAAGAAAAAAUAUGCUCUUCAACCAGGUAUUACAUUUUAUGAAGACGGAGAAAACUCUGUACUUAAUCAAAAGACAAAUCAAGUUGGAAAUUGUUUAAUUUAUUGUGAUCCAAAACGGCUUCAACGCAUGGAAACAUCAGGUGUACAUGUGACUCUUGUAGAUAACUAAAGGGUUUGUUAAUAAUUAGUUUAAUGUUAAUAAAUUUAAGUAUAAAUAAGACGUUCCUCUAACUAUUUACUGUAAUUUCAAUUAUUUAUUAGYUUAUUUAUGGUGAAGAUGUACUACAUUUUUAUCAAGUAUUAUUAAUAUUAUAAUUUCCAAAUUAAUGUGUAAUAUUUAAUGUUAACAUGUUAACAUUUUACUUAGAAUAGCGUUUAUAAGACAAUUAACACUUAAGUAGGUAGCUCAUUGAAUGUAAUAUUAUGUAAAAAAAAAAUAAAAUACCUAACAGGGUAAAUCCAUCAUAAUUGAAAACCAUAAUUUAUUUUCUGAUACAUUAAUUAGUGCAAAUAUUAUCAUAAAUUAAUAAAUURCRGUUUAAAUAUUUUCCACUGAAUCAAAGCAAAUGUAAACUAUGUUCAUUCUGUUACAUGAUUAUUCACUAAUYUGUUUAGUUAGUAUUAAAAUAUAAUAACUAAUAAAGAAACUAUUUAUACAGUAGAUAUUUACCGAAUAACUUCAUGGACAUUCUAAUAUGCCAGUUUUAUUGUGUAAACAGUACUAUUAUAAUUAUUAGUUUUUUUUAAUUAAGAUUAAUAUCUAAAAAUGAUUAUAAUAUAAUAUUUAUUUAUUGCUUUAGAUGUAGGUACCUGUAUCUAACUUAUGUAUUAUGUAUUUAUUUAAUUUUUUUAUAAAUAAUAAAACUUAACUGGAGAGUUAAUUUAAUUUAUAUUUAAUUUAUAUUAAUUCUUAAAAAUACACUUCAGACUUAAUGGUGUCUAAAUAUGUUUUUUUUAUUUUAUGCUUUCAUAUUUAAAUAAAUUUUUUGUUAGUGGAGCGUUUUACAAUUCUAAACAUAAUUAUUAUGUUUAAGCUUAAAUUAUAAUUUUUGUACCAAUAGAUUCUAUAGAUUCUUUUAUUAAUAUUAGAUACAUUAUAUAGUGAUUAUUAACUGUAAAAGUAUAGUUUGCAGGUAGUAUGAUUAAAAUAAUAAAAUAUACUAUUUACAUUAUUUAUUGUAAAAUGUCUGCAUUUUGUGAUUAAAUAACAAAUUGUUAGUAUUAUAUUUUUGGUCACAAUAGAAAUUAAUUUAUACAGGAACUAACAUUUUUUGCUWAAUAGUACUAGGUCCUUAACCUAUGUUGACUGAUAUUGUUUUUGCAAAAUAUUAACAUAAUUUAAUUMAAUAUUAUGCUUUGGCCUAUGUGCUUUCUGGAUUCUUAUUUUUAUUUCUUAAUUCUUUAGUUUUUACCUAUGUUAAUUUUUUCUAUUAUA